AUGACAUCACCGCCCUGUACCCUCUACUUCGGGACGUUUGUUCACCUCCCGAAGGAGAAAACGGGGCUUAACCACGAGCUUGUAAUCCAGCAUGGCGCGCUCUGGGUGUCCAAUGCCGACGGUCGCAUUCAGGGCUUCGAUUGGAGUGUUCACGGCCAUGAGGACCUGCUGGCCCUGGUGACGAGCAAGGGGUGGGUUGUGGAAGGUUCGAGUGCGUCUGGGUUCUCCAAAAGACCCAGAGUCCGUAUUGUCAAGGCAGAGGAGAAACGGAAUGAGUUCUUCUUUCCGGGGUUUAUCGACACCCACAUCCACGCCCCCCAAUAUCCCAACUCCGGCCUCUUCGGCACCCUCACCCUCCUCGAAUGGCUCCAAACCUACACCUUCCCGAUGGAGAAAUCUUUCCAGGACACGCACCGCGCCCGCACCGUCUACAACCGCGUCAUCGCCCGCACCCUCGCCAACGGCACCACCUGCGCCUCGUACUUCGCGACCAUCCACGUCCCCGCCACGAACCUCCUUGCCGACCUCUGCAAGCGCGCCGGCCAACGCGCCCUCAUUGGCCGCGUCUGCAUGGACCGCACCGACCAGACCCCGACGGACUAUCGAGACGAGAGCCCCGCGGCGUCGGUAUCUCUGACGCGCGACGUCAUCCAACACAUCCACACCAUCGACCCGCAUGGCGAGUUCGUGAAACCGGUCCUCACGCUGCGGUUCGCGCUCGCCUGUUCGGAAGACACGAUGGACGGGGUCGCGGCGUUGGCGAAGGAAUUUGACCCCCCACUGCACAUCCAGACGCAUAUCUCGGAGAACAAGAACGAGGUGGCUGCCGUGGAGUCGAUCUACGGGAUGAGUUAUGCGGAUGUGUACGCGACGCAUGGGCUCUUGACACCGCGCACUAUCCUUGCGCAUGCAGUCCACUUGUCUAAGGCGGAGAAGGCGACAAUCCGUGCCCGCGGCGCUAAAAUCUCGCAUUGUCCCGCGUCGAACUCGGCGCUGGGGUCUGGAAUUUGUCCGGUGCGUGGGCUCCUGGAUGCGGGCAUCCAGGUGGGUUUGGGAACCGAUGUGAGCGGGGGGUAUGAUGCGAGUGUGUUGGAGAAUGUGCGUCAGGCGUGUCUGGUCUCGCGACUGUAUCGGCAUACGGAUGCGAGCAUCACGGAUGACGAGGCACAGCGGAUAGCUCUGAGUGUCGGGGACGCGCUGUAUCUGGCGACGAGGGGCGGUGCGGAACUCGUCGAUCUGGCGGACGAGGUGGGUGGGUUUGAUCUGGGGAUGAGCUGGGAUGCGCAGUUGAUUUCGCUGGGUGGGGAUGUCUCCGGGCUGGAGACGGUAGGGGGAGAUGAGAAUCGGGUGGAUGUUUUUGGAACGGAGAGUUGGGGAGAGAAGGUCGAGAAGUGGGUGUGGAAUGGCGAUGAUCGGAAUGUGCGUGCCGUCUGGGUGCGUGGGAAACUGGUCCAUCGACGGACUGGUGGUCUGCAGAAGGGUUAUUUCCGCACGAGAGGCUCUUCCUGGAGCUGGCUUUGGGGAGUCGGUGCGGUGACUAUUGGGACUUUCAUUGCAUUGCGGAGAUUCAGGUGA